AAAAAACCACCAACUUUGGCCCUGAAAUAACAGGUUUAAAGCACGGGCCGCUUCCCUCAGCUCUUUUUGGCUGCUGGGAUACCUGCUGCACCCGGGGGUCAAUCAUUUCGCGGUAAAAUGUCUACGCUGACCCUCCCUUAGCUUGCGGUUCCUCUCGGUGGGGCGAGCAGGGUUAAGAUUGUUGCUGGUGGGAGCAGGAGCUCCCAUCUCCCUUCCUCCUGCCUUUUCCUGCGUGGGACCCUUUUUUGGGCUGAUUCAACACACCAGCCCAACAGAAGGCUGGUGGAAUUGCUCGUAGGAGGUCCUGACAAGGACCGGGGUGCUUGCGAAGGAAGGGAGACCAGACCUCUCCUGAUGAGCUCAACUGCUUGUGGAAAUGCAGCCCGACUCGGCCAGGUUUUAUUUAGAAUACUUACACGCCAUUGCAGGAAACUUGCAAUUCAAGAGCUAUCUUUUUGUUUUGUUUGAAGCUCGGUGAAAUUCUGGUUUUGCUUUCAGCCUGCUGCUGGCUGAUAAACCCAACUUCUGUGCUGAGAAGCAUGCUAAAUGAAUUUCUCUCUGGAGUGUGGGAAAAAGCUGCUGUGGUUGUUUUUGCGUUUUAUGGUUUGAUUUGUUUUGCCAUUCUUCUUCCUAAUGAUAAAAUUGUGCAAGUUGCUCUUUCUGAUGGGUGACAUCUGCUGGGUUUCUACCCAGAGAGUUUAUGUAGCCCAGGUGAAGGAAGGAACCGCUGUGCCAUUUGGUCCGUGUGCUAUGAGCGGGGAAUUCCAGGGCCGUCCAAACCUGGAUCAGAAGUUACACAGAGAAAUUCCCAAUGGAGAGGUUGAAAUGUUGCUGUAGUUCCUCACACAAAUACCAAGUUGCUAAUACAAAGGGAUGUUUCAAUCCACAGGCAACUUACACUCUGAAAUGAAUGUCCUAAAGAAGACAGAAGUUCAGCUGUCCCGAGCAGGCAUACAAGUUUUCAGUAUUUUUGGUUUGGUGUUACUGGUGUUGUAAGAGGGGGAAAAAAAAGCUCGUAGACUUGCCCGUUUCUUUUUUUAAAAUCCGAGGUUUUUAAUGAUGUCAUAUAAUGGUUUUGAAAUUCAGUUAUAUUUAUAAAGCAUAAUUAUUUGAUUGGAUAAGUGGGGUUGGAAUGCAACAGGACAGUUUUAUUUGGAUCAUGAAACCUUUUUGUGUAUGUUUUCUGUAUUUUUAGGAUCAUGAAAGUCUUCAAUGUUUGUCCUGCAAUUUUGAUGGAACGUGUUGUAGUAAGCAUUUUCUGCAGUGGUUUGCUGUCCUCACUGUCAGGCAUGCAAAGCUGCUUUUCCAGCUCCCUAACUAAGAAGUAAAAUCCUCCCCGGAUAUGAUGGAGCUCCUAGAGGAAGAUCUCACCUGUCCCAUUUGCUGUAGCCUGUUUGAUGAUCCUCGUGUCCUGCCCUGUUCACACAACUUCUGCAGAAAGUGUCUGGAAGGAAUUCUUGAGGGAAACGUGCGGAAUGUGCUUUGGAGGCCGUCCCCUUUCAAGUGCCCCACGUGCAGGAAGGAAACUCCCGUUACUGGAGUCAACAGCUUGCAAGUCAACUAUUCCCUGAAAGGUAUCGUGGAGAAGUAUAACAAAAUCAAAGUAACUCCAAAAAUGCCUGUGUGCAAAGUUCACAGCGGGCAACCCCUUAACAUUUUUUGCCGGACAGACAUGCAGCUGAUCUGUGGGGUAUGUGCCACCCGUGGUGACCACACAAAGCACGUUUUCUGUUCUAUUGAAGAAGCUUAUUCCCAGGAGAAGCGGGCUUUUGAAACCCUGUUUCAGGGCUUUGAAACUUGGCGUUGUGGAGAUGCCCUCUCGCGGCUGGAUACCUUAGAAACCAGUAAGAGGAAAGCUCUGCAGAUGCUGACCAAAGAUUCUGACAAAGUGAAGGAGUUCUUUGAGAAGCUGCAGCACACACUGGAGCAGAAACGAAAUGAGAUUCUCUCUGACUUUGAGACCAUGAAGCUUGCAGUGAUGCAGGCCUAUGACCCGGAAAUCAAUAAACUGAAAACAAUUCUGCAAGAGCAACGGAUGGCUUUUAACAUCGCGGAGGCCUUCAAAGAUGUGUCUGAACCCAUUAUAUUUCUGCAACAGAUGCAGGAGUUCAGGGAAAAAAUCAAGGUGCUCAAAGAAACCCCUUUACCUUGUUCCAGUGUGGACAUCAGCCCUACAAUGAAGAGCUUUGAUACCAGCCAGUGGAAUGGAAUAAAACUAGUUGAUGUGGACAAACUUUCCUUGCCUCAGGAAAACAACACUCUUAAAUUCAAGAUUCCCUCGGUCUUUUCACGCAGAUUUAUAGUGAACUCUCUUAUUUGCUUGCUUAUUCUUGCUGUCACCAGAAUGUCCUUCGUGGAGUCAGUCGUUGACAAUCUCCAGUGCUGGAAAUCUCAAUUCUUUACAAUUAGCUUGUCCUAUUUGGCAGAUACAGUGGAGAUAGCAGAUCAUGCAGUCUUUUACUGGGAACAGAUGACAGAUGGAGCUUCACUUCUAAGAGAAAAGUGUAAAAACUAUACGUUGGUUGUACUGGAUAAUGUUGCACAGUUUGUGUGCAAAUAUAAACUGUUGUGAAGUCCCUGCUGAAAUAUAAGAACUAAGAGAGAUCUGGUGAAGAAAACAUAGAACUUCUUAAAAUUAAUUGGUUUUUUAAGAGUUCCAGUGAAAACAUUCAAAGAUUCGAAAUGUUUCCAAAACAUUCAUACUGUUCACAUAGUUUCAGCACUGAUAAACUGGAAGAUGAAAUGGAGCUUUGAAAAACACAUUGUUUCUGGAUUCUUCUUUCAGUGGUGAUUAUGUGAAUAUUAUUCACUGUAAAUAAUUUUUCUUACCAAAAUAUAGGGCCAAACUGUGUACUUAGUUUAAUGUUAAUGUAAUUGUAGAAUAAGAUAAAAAGUGUCACUUCCUAAAAGGUCAUAGUUAAAAAAAAGUUAUUUUUAACUGGGAGGUGGUUAGGAAAGAGGAAGAACAGUUGUGGUUGAGAAGAGCACUGUCCUGAGAGGCUUGUUGAUACAAAAUACAGAGUGCAUCAUUCACAUUCUGGAACGACUUUCUAUCUGAGGAUGUUACUUCUCACUGAAAUGGAUGUAUGUAUUUUUUUGCAUAACCAAAUAUUGUAAUUAUCCUGUGCAUUCAGAUUACUGUAGAUACUGGAUAUUGUUUACAUGUUCUGUGCAAAAAUGCAUCUUCAGGGCAAGCAUAAAUUCUAGGGGUAAAGAGAAAUCAGUUGAGGUUGGAAACAGAAGAACAAGCGGCAAGAUAGUACGUACUACUUUGUAGAUAGUACAUAUUUUGCAGUUUACUUUUCCAACAUCAGAUCGUUGGGUAACUGAGCUGUCUUGUUAGAUCCAUGUUUCUCUGAAGCCACACUUUCUCAAAAAGUGGCCUUAAUGUAAGCAGUUCAGUGCGGUGAAAGGCACGCACGGGUCAGCAGCAGGAAGGCAGCUUGCGCUCUAGCCCUGCAAAGGUGGCAGGCAGAGCAGUUUCUCUCCUUUCCCCCUGUGUCUCUCCAGAUCGUGUUCCAAAAGCCAGGAAAAGUGCUGGGAUGAUUCCUUGGAAGAGAGCGCGUAACGUGACAGGAGUAUGGAUGUUGUUGGUGUUUGGAAGUGCUUUAGUGUUGGAACAUAUAUAGGCUCUUCUACUGUUACUGUAUUUUUGUGUACCUUGUUUCAGGAAUUAAUUGAAUUUUCUGAGUGUAUUGACUUGGCCGUAGGAUAACAGUGAUUUAAAGCAAACUGUAAGCUUGAGUUUUCUGAAGUGCCCUUCUUUAAGAGCAUACGGUACUGAAAUAUGUUGCUUGAAGCUCAUCUAACUUCUUUUUGCAGUGGUCCUAUGAACAGCAAUAUAUAGAAUGAAAACAUUUAGUUGACAUUUCCGGGAAACAAACAUAAUGCAUGCCUGUUGUCAUAUUUUGGGGAUAUUCGUUGGCCUCUCUCAAGGUUUGGUAAGUUGUGACAGUCAAUUUACUCUCUUCCAGUAGUCCUUGCAAGCUGUUCAUUUAAAAAAUAAAACAUUAAAUUCCAAGAA